AUGGACAGCGGAGCUGCCGCGGCCCAGGGCACUGACCCGCCUCAGGAUGGAGAGCAGCCCGCGGAGUCUCCAGAGCCGCCGCCGCCGUGGCCGCCGUGGCCGCCGCCGCAGCAGCAGCCUCCGCCGCCGCGGGCUCCUCCGCUGCUCCACGCGCCUUCGCCGGAACCGGUACCGCAGUUCUGUCCAGAGCCUGUUCCGGAGCCCUGUCCGAGAGCUACCCCAGAACCAGCCCCAGAACUCGACACUGAAACGGUCCCAGAACCAGAUACAGAACCGGCCCCCAAGCCAGCUCUAGAACCAGCCUCAGAACUCGAUACGGAACCGAUCUUAGAACCAGCCACGGAACCGGCCCCCGAGCGGGCUCCGGAACCAGCCCCAGAACCAGCCCCAGAACCAGCCACAGAACCGGCCUCUGAGCCGGCCCCAGUACCAGCCACAGAACCGGCCCCUGAGCCGGCCCCAGAACCAGCCACAGAGUCCUGCCCUGAGCCGGCUCCAGAGUCCCGUCCGGAGCCGAGUUCAGCACCACGUCUAUUGCAGUGUCCGGUGGUAGCUCCAGAGAAGGGUCCAAAGACAUCACCGCCCCGAACGCCAGUGCUGUUCUCCAGUAUCAAGAAAAUACUGAAGGAAGGACCUCUGUUGAAGAACUGUAAUUCCUUCAAGAGAUGGAAGCUUAGAUAUUUUCUGGUUCGAGGACAAAGACUCUGUUUUGCACACCAUCCCGCCUUUGCACGUUUUGAAACAAUUGAUCUGUCUCAGGUCGCCUUGGCAGAAAGCAGCUGUAGAAAUCUUUUCCAUAGCUUUUGUGUGAUCACACCACAACGAAAAGUUACCCUGGCUGCACCCAACCGGAAAGACAUGGAAGAAUGGAUCAAUGUCAUAAAAACCGUUCAACAGGGAGAAAUUCGCAAGAUACCUGCAGCAGAAAACAACCCUUUCCUUGUUGGAAUGCACUAUUGGUACUCCAGCCACAGCCACCGGACCCAGCACUGCAAUGUCUGUCGGGAGAGCAUUCCUGCCUUAUCUAGAAAUGUUAUAAUCUGCGAAGUGUGCAAAGUGAAGUCUCACAAAUUAUGUGCUUUGAGAGCAAUCAAAGACUGUAAAUGGAAUACUUUGUCUAUCACUGAUGACCUCCUCAUGCCUGCAGAUGAAGUAACUAUGCCUCAUCAGUGGGUAGAAGGAAAUAUAUCUGUCAGUUCUCAGUGUGCAGUAUGUCAUGAGAACUGUGGCAGUUACCAAAGACUUCAAGACUUCCGAUGUCUCUGGUGUAAUUCUAUGGUGCAUGAUGACUGCCGUAGACGGUUUUCCAAGGAAUGCUGGUUUGGAAGUCAUCGAACAUCAGUCAUUCCUCCCACUGCUCUCAGCGACCCUAAAGGAGAUGGCCAAUUAGUAGUAUCUUCAGACUUCUGGAACCUUGAUUGGUCAUCAGCCUGUUCAUGUCCCCUUCUCAUCUUCAUCAACUCCAAAAGUGGCGAUCACCAAGGGAUCAUCUUCCUCCGAAAAUUCAAGCAAUACCUUAAUCCUUCUCAAGUUUUUGACCUGUCGAAGGGUGGACCUGAAGCUGGGCUGUCCAUGUUCAAGAAUUUUGCUCGUUUUCGCAUUGUGGUUUGUGGUGGAGAUGGCAGUGUGAGCUGGGUCUUAUCUCUGAUUGAUGCCUUUGGAUUACAUGAAAGGUGUCAGUUGGCAGUCAUACCACUUGGAACCGGCAAUGAUCUGGCCCGUGUCCUAGGCUGGGGCGCAUUCUGGAACAAAAACAAGUCGCCUGUCAACAUCCUCAACAGAGUGGAGCAGGCUAGUGUGAGAAUUCUAGACAGAUGGAGUGUGAUGAUACGUGAGACUCCUAGACAAACUCCAUUGCUAAGAGGACAGGUUGAAAUGGAUCUACCCCGAUUUGAGGCUGCUGCCAUCCAACAUCUAGAAUCUGCAACCAUUGAGUUGAACAAAAUCCUGAAGGCCAAGUACCCCACAGAGAUAAUUAUCGCAACCAGAUUCCUGUGCUCAGCAGUGGAAGAUUUUGUGGUGGAUGUUGUAAAGGCCUGGAGUCAGAUAAAACAGAACAAUACAGCAAUAGAAUCUGUGAUUUUGAAAAGCGACAUAAUGUAUGACAAGCUCAGUGCCCUGAUUGAUAUCCUGGCUGAGGAGGCAGCAGUUGAAAAAAGUGCUACAGUAUGUGCAGACAGUGGAAAGGCAGAUGGAAAGCCCUUCAUCCCUCAAAUAGACCACAUAGCCAAGUGCAAGUUGGAGCUGGCCACAAAGGCCCAGAAUCUCCAGAAAUCCUUGAAGCUCAUCAUAUUCCAAGUUGAACAAGUUCUUGAUGAGCAAAGCCGUCAGACAAUAUCGGUUAAGAACUUUACUUCAACUUUCUUCCUGGAAGAUGACUUAAAAGACAUUAGCCAGAUGAGCCCAAGACACCGUUCCCAUCGUGGCACUUUGUCUUCUAUAUCUUCUCUCAAAAGUGAAGACCUAGACAACCUCAAUUUGGAGCACUUAUAUUUCACACCUGAAACUAUACGCUUCAAAGAAAGGUGUGUCAUGAACAACUAUUUUGGAAUUGGACUGGAUGCUAAAAUUUCUCUGGAAUUCAACACCAGAAGAGAUGAACACCCAGGACAAUACAAUAGCCGCCUAAAGAACAAGAUGUGGUAUGGCCUUCUGGGAAGCAAGGAACUUUUGCAGCACUCUUAUAGGAAACUAGAAGAACGAAUACACCUGGAGUGUGAUGGAGAAGCCAUCUCCUUGCCAAACCUGCAAGGCAUCGUAGUGCUAAACAUUACCAGCUAUGCUGGGGGUGUCAACUUUUGGGGCAGCAGCACAGCAACCACAGAAUAUGAGGCUCCUGCAAUAGAUGAUGGGAAGCUGGAGGUAGUGGCUAUCUUUGGCUCCGUACAAAUGGCAAUGUCCCGUAUCAUUAACCUGCAUCAUCAUCGUAUCGCCCAGUGCCGUGAGGUGAUGAUAACUAUUGAUGGUGAAGAAGGUAUCCCAGUUCAGGUGGAUGGGGAGGCCUGGGUUCAGAGGCCAGGACUUAUCAAGAUCAGAUACAAGAAUGCCGCCCAAAUGUUGACAAGAGAUCGGGACUUUGAGAACUCAAUGAAAAUGUGGGAGUACAAACAUAGUGAAAUUCAAGCUGCCUCUCAACCCCAACUGGACUCCCAGGAAUCUCAGGAUAGCCUCUCUGAUGAAGAGUAUGCCCAGAUGCAGCACUUAGUUCAGCUUGCAGAAAACCUCAUCAGCAAACUUACUGACCUGAGCAAGAUCCACCAGCAUGUGUCUGUCCUCAUGGAUUCUGUGAAUGCCAGUACUAACAUCCUGAAUGACAUAUUUUACAGCCAAGACAGUGGCAAUGAGGCAGGUGCAGCUUCCUGCAUUCCCAAUGAGACUCUAAGCAGAAACGAUGCAGUAGAUGUUACAUUUAGUCUUAAAGGGCUCUACGAUGACACCAAAGCUUUCCUGGAUGAAAACUUGCUGAGAAGUGCUGAGGAUGAAACCACACUGCAAACUACCCUGGAUACCAUGAAUAAGGAGUUUCAAAAGCUAUCUGAGAUCAACUGGAUGAAUUCAAUCCUUGUUUCAGAGGAAAAAUCUUCAGACACUGACAGCAGAAGCAUCAAGUUGAAAGUUAAGUUCCCCAAAUUGGGGAAGAAGAAGGUAGAAGAGGGAGACAAGCCUAAAUCAGGCCAAGGAGUCCAGGGUUUUAUUGGAAGUUUGUGGCAUCGCAGAAAUCAUGAAGAUGAAGCAAAAGAUGAUCCUCCAACAUCAAGAUUUCAACUGUAGUCCUUAAAAUCUGGAAGGAGAACUCACAAUGUUUAGAAUUCUACAAAACUCUCAAAACCUCAAUACAGGCUAGACUAAAUUAUUUCAGAACAAACAUGAGCACCACCAAGAAAGAGUCUCCAAUUCUUUACACUAAUAUGCUUUUCCUGGACUCAAUCAGGUCUCCUUAGAGGUUUACAUUUUCUUAUUGGCCAAAGAUUCUUGUUCCGAGUUGUCUUGUUCAGUUCUCCUCUGUGCAUCUUGAGCAACUACAGUAUUUAAUUGGGAUAAGCUCAUUAUGAAUGGCCUGGGAUCUACAAAGGAUUCAAGAAAGUUCACUUGUUCAGGGAAUUUGGGAAUGGUCUUCUCUGAUGAGCAGAGAAACUGUUGAUACCAGGGAAUGAGUGAAAGAAAGAAAUACUCUCAGGGAGAUAAGGAGAGGGGUGAGGCCAGCCAGGCUUGGUUGUUUCUCCCCCAGUUCCUGCCAGUUGCAAUUUGUAACUUUAGGAGGCAUCUUCUAGUUGGCUUAUUAAGAUGAGAACUAGGUCCUGGGGGCUUGUCCACUUGCCUGUUACAAUUACCAUGUGAAAUCGUUUCUUGUAGACAUGGUGACUGCAUUCUCUGAAAACUCUUUGUGUUUUUCCAUGUGUGCAUGUACGUCUUUGCACAUGUCCAGGUGGUGCUCUGGUGGCUGGGUGGGCCCACUGGUUGGAACUCACCUCAAUGGCAACCAUACAGGAUCCCCUGCUACUGCCUUGAUCCUAGCCUGCAUGCCUCCAUGGAGUGUUUGCCUGCAUUCUUGCUGGGUUUUUUAACUAAAUGUUUUGCCGCUGUGCUGCAGUAUAGAUUAUG